AUGACAACUGCUGACGAACUAGCAUCGUCACUUCGUUGUGCCGAAUUCCUUGCCGAUUCACCGUCUACGUCCACGUUACUCCAUCAUCACCAUGUCGGUACCGUGACAACGACGACGACAACGACGACCAUCACCAACAAUCUGCAUCACAAUGAACAUCGACGUCGUUCUGGCCGAGUCGUACUUCAGCCAGUCAAUCAACGACGUUUGAGUCAUGGACAGCCAACCGUGGUGUCCCGUAAGCGGCCGUCCACAGUGGACGUACGCUUGAAUACAGCCCAACAUCCGUCGGUUCCCAGUUGCCUCGAUCGUUCUAUUCAUCGAGAUGAACGUGUACUGGAGAAUCUACUUAUUGCAGAGGAAAAUCUCAAGUCAAAUCAUCUGUAUUUCACGGCUGUCCAAGAGCAUAUCGAGCCAAUACAUCGCGAACAGGCGGUGGAAUGGAUAUUUGAUGUGGCAAAGGAGGAGAAAUGCGACGCAGACGUCUUCCCACUGGCGGUCUCACUCAUUGAUCGCUUCCUCUCCCUACAAAACAUAUUCCGGCAAGACAUCCAGGUCUUAGCUGGCGUGUGUUUAUUUAUCGCUAGCAAGGUGAAGGCGCCACAACCGAUGAAUGCGGCACGUGUUUCGUACUACACAGCGGAUAGCGUGAAAGUUCAUGAUGUUUUGAGUUGGGAACUACUUGUACUGGCUCACCUCAAUUGGGAGAUCACGUCACCGACUGGAUUUGAUUUCUUCGAUCAUCUUUCCGCCCGUUUGCCCUCACUGCAUACGCUACGGCCAGCGUUCACAUCAGUUCUGCACAGGAUUCAACGCUGUAAGUACUUUUUUAUGCAGAAGACAGAUAGCAUUUUGACCUGUAUUGAGCCUAUCUCUCAGCUGCUUGGUAAACAGCAAGUGUUGAAAUACCUUAAAGUCGGCGGUGACCUGCUACGACCACCUGUGGAGCGCGUCGCAAUGUGCUGGCGUUAUGAUGCGAAUGAUUGGGACAGUGGCAUGCACGCGUCCUCGGCCCGUACACCACAUGCACAUGCCCCAUUGCGUCUUUGGUUGGUGUUUGUCGACGAUCCUUGGCGACCUGGCACGCCGACGUCCGAUUCUGUGACCUCCCAUCAUGCACAAUCGUCGUCAUCAACAUCAAAUGUUGCACUUGGCAUCACUGAACCGAUGGCCCUCGCGCACUGGGUGAGUCUGCCGUACGACGAACGCACCAACGGCUAA